AUGUCUUUUACCGACUUUUCUAAAAUUGAAACUUUGAAACAAUUAAACAUUUUCUUAACUGAUAAAUCCUAUGUCGAUGGUUCUUCUGCUUCUCAAGCUGAUGUAACUGUUUACAAGGCUUUCCAAAAAGCUUACCCAGAGUUUACCAGAUGGUUCAACCAUGUUGCUGCUAAAUCCGAUGAAGUUGCUACUUUACCAACAGGUUCUGUUCCAUCUGCAACUGCUGCAGGAGAAGAUGACGACGACGUUGAUUUAUUUGGUUCAGAUGACGAAGUUGAUGAAGAAGCUGAAAAAUUGAAGGCUCAAAGAUUAGCUGAAUACAAUGCUAGAAAAGCCGCCAAACCUCCAAAACCAGCUGCUAAAUCUAUUGUCACUUUAGAUGUCAAACCUUGGGAUGAUGAAACUGACUUAGAAGCUAUGCUUGCUUUUGUCAAAGCCGUUGAAAUCGAAGGUUUGACUUGGGGUGCUCAUCAAUUCAUCCCAAUUGGUUUCGGUAUCAAGAAAUUACAAAUUAACUGUGUUGUUGAAGAUGACAAGGUCUCCAUGGAUGACUUACAACAAUCUAUUGAAGAAGAUGAAGACCACGUUCAAUCUACCGAUGUUGCUGCUAUGCAAAAAUUAUAA